AUCAGCCUCUGACCUAAAAAAUCAAUAACCGGCCGCCGUUGGUCAUUGAAUCGGUUUCGGGUGGCGCUGCAACGAUGCAAGGAUCUUCUGGGAUCGGCUACGGUCUGAAAUAUCAGGGAAGAUGCAUUUCGGAUGUCAGAGCAGACACCGAUCAUACCAGUUUCAUUACCGGAACCCUCAGUCUCAGGGAAGAAAAUGAGGUGCAUCUGAUUCGGCUAUCUUCUUCCGGAACUGAGCUCAUUUGUGAGGGCUUGUUUUCUCACCCUAACGAGAUCUGGGACCUAGCUUCCUGUCCAUUCGAUCAAAGGAUUUUCUCCACUGUUUUUUCUACCGGUGAAUCUUAUGGGGCUGCAAUAUGGCAGAUCCCUGAGUUAUAUGGACAGUUAAAUUCACCGCAGUUGGAACGAGUUGCCUCCCUUGAUGCACAUGUUGGCAAGAUUAAUUGUGUUCUCUGGUGUCCGUCUGGAAGACAUGAUAAGUUGAUCAGCAUUGAUGAUGAAAAUAUUUUCUUAUGGACUUUAGAUUGUUCAAAAAAGGCUGCCCAGGUACAAUCUAAGCAGUCAUCUGGUUUGCUUCAUUACUUAUCUGGUGGUGCAUGGGAUCCACAUGAUAUAAAUGCUGUUGCGACCACUUGUGAAUCAUCAGUCCAGUUUUGGGAUCUACGUACAAUGAAGAAGACAAACACAAUUGAGCGUGCCCAUAUCCGCAAUGCUAACUAUGAUAUGAAGAAAAAUCAUAUACUUGUCACUGCAGAAGAUGAAUCUGGGAUACACAUAUGGGAUCUUAGAAAACCCAAAAGUCCUGUCAGAGAGCUUCCUGGACACACACACUGGACAUGGGCUGUAACUUGUAACCCGGAGUAUGAUGGGCUAAUUCUGAGUGCUGGCACUGACUCGACUGUAAACUUGUGGAUGGCUCCUACAUCCGCUGAAGAUGAGGCAACCUCUGAAAGCAUAGCCGAAUCGGCCACUCAACAAGCUGACCCAUUGCUUAAUUCUUACAGUGAUUAUGAAGAUAGUGUGUAUGGCCUUGCUUGGAGUAAUCGCGAGCCUUGGAUAUUUGCUUCUCUAUCAUAUGAUGGCAGGGUGGUGGUAGAGUCGGUUAAGCCAUUCCUUUCAAGAAAAUGAAGGUGUUAUUAUGGCUGUUGUCGGGAAAGUGAUGAAAUAUUUAGGCAAACUUGACCUGAAGAGGAGCUGACUCAUAAAUUAAGUGUUUCAUGACUUGCUGCCGGCCCAGUGUAUUCUUUU